UUAGCCUGGGGCUGUGCUACAUUGUAAUAAAGUGAAAAUAUUCUAAUAAACAUCACGAAACAAAUAACUUAUCUACAUGUAAGAUCUACACAAAAACACUUGUUAAUGUUACAAAUGGAAGCACGGUUUGUUAUUUUUUCGUUUCAAAAAUGAGAUUUGGAUAUAUCAUAAUAGUGUGCUGGAUGUUCUUUUAUAGAGCUGAGGCAAGAUCGGCUUUAUUACCCGAAUUCAACUUCAAAAAAGUUUCAAGGACAAACUUUGGAAGUUCACCGGUUUCAUUUUCUGGAAUAAAACUUUUAAAUAGAGCGGUUGAACGUCCCAAAGAAAAGACAAGUCAAAGCAGAAUUGAACUACCAGAGGCUAUAAAGACCAAACCGUUCAAGAAUUUUAAACAAGUUACACAAAGGCCUAGAAUCCAAGAUCAAGUGAUUCUCACAAAACAAACUGUCAGGACCAAAACUUCCCAAGUAGUUCAGUCAACCUGGGUGCAAUUACCCCCCAAAAUAGGAGGCAACAGCAAACUCCCCAUGCAUGAUGAUAAAACCCUAUCAGUACAAGAUAGAACCUUUAAAGACAGAAGUCCAACAAAGAAUAUUCAGUUUACAAAAUUGAUACCAAGAAAUAGUCAAAUAUCGUCAAAAUGGCACAUGCCACCUCAAAGUACGACACAGAAAGUGAAAGGUAACGAGCUAGAAAUUACUCUCAUUGGACAAAAAGUACCAAAGCAUGGUAAAUUUCAGAUAAUUCCAACAAAAUCAGUUCCGAUUCAAAAGAAAUUCACCGAAAAUCCAUUAUCUAAUUCCGAGGUUACGGUUGUCGUAAAAUCAGAAGGAACCCCUAAACCUGUGGAAGAGUUACCGUAUUGUUCUUGGAUAGACCCUUCUAGUUGUCCGGACUUCAGCAAAGUGCAGCCUAGUUGUAUAGAGACGCUCUCGGUAUCAUCAUUAAGGGGCGAGUGUAAAAUGUGUCCAUUUAACUGGUGCAAGGGACCCAAUGACAUGGCCGGAAGUGGCAAGCUGCAGGACCAGUCACCUUUAGAUGUAGUGCUUGGUCCCUCAAAUUACCGGUUGGCGGUCAAUGUGCCAGGAACUGGACCAAAACAGAGCGUCUCGAAUUUUGGGAAUAAACCUCCCUCGACGACAACCACAGAGAUUCCAUUUUGGAACUUUCAAACCUUCGGACCGUGAAAUUAAAACGCCAUAAAUACUUUUAAACUUUUUGACAUCAUAUUCAGUGAAAUAUGUGUCCUUAUUAGAUUCUUAGUUGUAAAAACCACAGCUUCAGGUGACGUCUUACUUUUAAUUGACAUGAUCAUUGUUUACUUUAUAUAUGUAUAAUGUAUUCAUCUUGACGACAAUUAAGUACGUCUUCAUGACCGAGGGAAUGUAAAGCAUCGUGUUAACAGUUAAUGUCUAUUUAUUACUGGAAUCAUAAAUUAUUAUAAUGACAGUUACAAUUGUAACUGAAGCAGAAUUAAUUAUUUUCAAUCAAACCUUAUAUAUAUACAUAUUAUAAAACGUGUUUUGUUUGGAGGGGAAAUGUACUACUUAAAAAGAAAAAUAUAAAUUAUUAUAAUUACCA